AUGGCCACCACUGGUGUGUCUAUGACUCCUGCUCCAGCUGGAGCUCCGGCACUCGCCCUUGCCCCGGCGCCCACGCUGGCCGCCCGACCCUCUGUGGCCCCAUCUCCAGGCCCCGGCACCCCCGGCUCAAUCACCUCGCGAGAAUGGGUUGUACCACCUCGUCCCAAGCCUGGCCGCAAGCCAGCUACAGAUACCCCGCCGACCAAACGCAAAGCACAAAACCGGGCAGCCCAACGAGCGUUCCGGGAGCGCCGGGCCGCCCGAGUUAGUGAAUUGGAAGAGCAGAUGAAGGAAAUUGAAGAUGAGCACGACGCUAAGGUCGCCUCGCUUCAGCAGCAAAUUGGAAACCUUUCUGCUGAGGUUGAUCAGUGCCGUGAGGAGAUGGGCUGGUGGCGCGACCGGUGCCAUGCUCUGGAAAAGGAGGUUUCGAUCGAGCGCAGCGCAAAGGAAGCCAUUGUCAAGGAAUUCCGAUCAUCCCUUUCUGGCCCCAACGUCAGCAAGCCUGCUCCUAUUCCAGACUCUGUGCCCUUGCCACCUCGAAAGACAAGAAGCUCUCAAAGGCAGGAACCUCAGCCCACCAAUAUCGACAAUAACAAUGACGAUACGGAUAUGAAUGUAACGUUGGGAUGCAGCAACUGCUCCAACAGUCACUGCCAGUGCAUCGAAGAUGCGUUUGGCAUGCCAAUCGAUACUCACGAGUCUUCCCGUUCUCGGCACGCUCCUCACGGCGUCGGCAGCCCAGAACCAGACCCCCGUGUCCCCCACAUCAAACCGGACCCAGAGGAGAUGGAAAUCGAUUUCACAGCCCAAUUCUCCGGCGCCCCCGCUCAGUCCCACGACCACGAUGUCUCUUCACCCCCCGUCGACCCCUGCGGAUUCUGCCAAGACGGCACGCCCUGUAUCUGCGCCGAGAUGGCUGCACAGGAGCAGCAGCGGGCACGCAACGCCUUCGAGGCCAAUCGCCUCGCACCCAUCCAAUCCAUCUCACAAUUCACCCCGCCUCCAUCCGAGGGCGACGUCCGCUCUGAAGUGACCCUCCCACCCAUUAGCCAAGCGACGAACCCCUGCGCCAACGGGCCAGGCACCUGCGCCCAGUGUCUUGCCGACCCUCGAAGCACUCUUUUUUGCAAGACGUUGGCAGCCUCCCGGUCAGCGAGCGGCACUCCAUCGGGAGGCGGCUGCUGCGGAGGCGCCGGCAAGGACGGCGGAUGCUGCAUGUCAAGAAAUGCCCCCGCCGCUCCGGCCCCGCGCCCCAACACCGUCCUGUCUACGCAACCUCCUGCACCAAAGCCCGCCCCCCGCUCCGAACUAACGCUCAGCUGCGCCGAUACCUUCACAACCCUGUCCCGCCACCCAAACUUCUCCCGCGCAAGCGACGAGAUCUCCACCUGGCUGCCAAAGCUUCAUACCCUCCCCGACCCGCGCGAACUCGCUCCGCCAGACAGCCGGGGUGCGCUGGAAGUCGAGGCUGCUAGUGUGAUGGGCGUGCUGCGGUACUUUGACCGCCGGUUCGCGGAAAAAUAA